AUGGACUUGUCGCCUGUCCAUCAUGGACCAGUCGCGGAUCAGAUAUUAGUGUUACAGGGCGACCAUAGGUCCGCCUAUGUAUGGGAGGGACAUCUAUUGGAUCAGACUCUCCGCGCCAGGAGAUCGGAUGACUUGUGGGACUUUUUGAGGGAGAAAGCUUUCCAUGCCCGCGUAGUCCAUCGCCUGCGUGCUACGGGCUUCCUUAGGAUUUUUGAGAUUAGGCGGAUGCAGCUCGAUUGGUCUCUAAUCAAGGCGUCGAUAGAGCGGUGGCGACCGGAGACGCACACUUUUCACAUGCCCAUUGGAGAAGCCACCAUCACGCUUCAGGAUGUUCAGGUUUUAUAUGGGCUGCGUGUUGAUGGACUGGCCGUUGCACUGCCCCAGCAUAUGAGAGCUAUGACGCGUGUCCAGUAUUUGGAUUUGCUGGGGCAGUAUACUGGUUUCAGACCACAGGGUGAGGCUGCAGUUAGAGGGGGCAGUCGCAUUUCUGUGACAACUAUCAGACAGCAUAUGGAGGUAUUACACCUCGACAUUACCGGCAAGACAGAGGAUCUCCAUAUUGACCGGUACAUGAGGAGUAUGUGCCGGGCUAGCAUGGGCACCCAGGUGGACAUAUGUGGUUUUUUGCCGCUUUUACAGCCACCUCUACCACCACUAGAGCCGGGUGUAGCACCUCCGUUUCUCUCUCUAGCUACAAGGUGGGUUCUCCAGCGUGGGAACUACAGAUGCAGUGAUGCUCAUCAUAAUCUCCCCCUUGUCAGGGAUGUGUUAGAUAUGUUGGUGGAUGGACAGUUCAUCUGGACGCCGUACAGCGACGAGUUGCUAGCUGAUCUGCCCGAUUAUUGCUCGGUCGACCGACUGCUUUGGAGCACUUCCGUCCCGAUGAUGUGCCUCGAUGUGGUGGAGCAUCAUGCCACAGAGCGUGUACUUCGCCAGUUUGACCGUCCCCAGACUAUACCGAUGGAGCCUGCAUGGGUGGCUACACAUUAUCAACGGGAUGAUCGUUCGAGGGUGGACGACGAAUUUUUAGGAUGGCUAGAGGCACAGGUCUAUAUUUGGGACCAGCGAGAGGACUUGAUUCCUCCACCACCUUCACAGAUCAAGGAGGCGACUAUUGAGCUCUAUACGUCAUGGUACCGCCGUCACACCCGACUGAUGAUCGGGAACCCCGUUCAUGUACCUGGCGAUCGGUUCAGACCAUACGCCGGGAGGCACGAGGCAGUGGCUGUUGGGCAUCACAUGUUCUACCAGUUAGGACAAGAGAUGCAGCAACAUGCCGACAAUGCUGAUGUUUUUGAGUUUGUCCGGCGGGUGGAACAGCUGGCUCUCCGGACCCUGCGGCGAGCCAGAGAGGGCGCGAGGUUGGAUCACGAGGCUGAGUAUGCGGCGCCAGAGGAGCACCAUCGGGGUAGGCAUGUCCCACGAGGUAGGGGUCGUGCACGAGCCAGGGCUGCGGGGAACGGCGAGGAGCUAGACGAGCCUUCCAGCAGCAUGCCGUCGUACACCCUUCAGCUGGAUCUGCCAGCAUCACAGGUCACCCCAUCAUAUCCAUCGUCAAUCACGGGUAUAUUCGACGGAGAUGUAGACCAGUUCUUUUCAGGCACAUCUACCGCAGCUGAGGAUCGGCCGACCCGAGACGUGGAUGGCGGGUGCAGGUUGAGUUAUGCCUCAUCCCCAGCGGUUGAUGCGGAUCUACCACAGGCGCAGGAUCUGAGGCAGGUGCAUCUGGAUAUCAGUCCGGCGCGCACACUUGAUUACCACUUCGAGGCUUCACGGAGAGCUGCCUUCUGA